CCUUCUUUGCUCCAGCGCACAUGAUGGGGAAUAGGACCAGAAACCCCAGAGGCGUGUUCACAUCCCAAACUUACCAAUAACAUUUUAGGGUACUGUAAUAGUAGUUGGGCGGGACCUGUACCUAUCUGGGCGGGGCUAAAGGAGACAGCGUUAUAUUUUAGGUGCCUGCGAAAAUUCCUACUGUAUCACAGACAUUGACAGCUCGCGCCUGGCUACAGCUCAGCCAGGAAAGAAGACUUCUCAGGCAUAUCUUUUCAGUUUUUAUCAUCCAGAUUAAUCCCUGGGCUCCGAGGUAGACACUGUACUGGGGCAAAACGGAGAUAAACGAGGAAGACGAGAAACGACCCUCUCUCACCUCUGCCAUAAUGAUGUCCAUGAAUAGCAAACAGCCGUUUAGUAUGCAUCCGAUUUUACACGAGCCUAAAUACACACCUCUACAUUCCAGCUCUGAAGCUAUCCGGCGAGCAUGUUUGCCCACGCCCUCGCUGCAAGGUAACAUCUUUGCCGGCUUUGAUGAGACUCUGCUCCAGAGAGCUGAGGCACUAGCGGCGGUGGACAUCGUCGCUCAAAAGGGUCAUCCGUUCAAGCCAGAUGCCACCUACCACACCAUGACCACCAUGACGAGCAUGACCUGCACGCCCACGUCCUCUACUGGGCACCUUCAUCACCCGUCUGUGCUGACCUCUCACCACCAUCAUCCCCACCACCAGCCGACGCAGGGCCUGGAGGGCGAUCUGCUCGACCACCUCACCCCCGGCAUCUCUAUCGGAGGCAUGCCGGGCUCCGACGUUUGCUCCACCGCUUCCCACCCGCAUUCACACAUGUCAGCAAUUAACCACAUGCAGCAUCACCACCCACAAAGUAUGAACAUGCACCACCACAGCCUGGGCUCGCACGCCUCUCUGGGCGGCGGUGGAGACUCCGAGCCUGAUCCCCGGGAGCUGGAGUCUUUCGCCGAGCGCUUCAAGCAGAGGCGGAUCAAACUCGGGGUCACGCAGGCCGACGUGGGUUCGGCGCUAGCCAAUCUUAAAAUCCCCGGGGUCGGCUGCCUGAGCCAGAGUACUAUCUGUCGUUUCGAGUCUCUCACUUUGUCCCACAAUAACAUGGUCGCCCUCAAGCCUAUCCUGGAAGCGUGGUUAGAGGAGGCAGAACGGGCUCAGAGAGAGAAAAUGGCCAAACCGGAAAUUUUUAACGGCGGGGACAAAAAGAGAAAACGCACUUCGAUCGCUGCUCCAGAGAAGCGGUCGCUGGAGGCUUACUUUGCCGUCCAGCCAAGACCCUCGUCGGAGAAAAUCGCUGCCAUUGCCGAGAAACUGGACCUGAAAAAAAACGUGGUCCGCGUGUGGUUUUGUAAUCAAAGGCAAAAGCAGAAACGGAUGAAGUUUUCGGCUACGCACUAGGCCAGAAUAAUAUAUUUAAAUAAACUCAACCAUCAGGCAUAAGAGUGAGCAGAGCCGACAAAACUCUUCGAGGGUGAGGCGAAACGCUUCCCACACAGGAAUUGGGAGCUGGGCGUCAACAUCCCAGAGACAGAAAGUAUUCCAAAAGUUUGUUAUGACAAAAUGUCAAGAACAACACGCUCUGGAAGACGGAGGACGAGAGGAAAACCAACAUCAACUAAACGUUGCAAUUAUUGUACAAAUCGAGAAUUGAAUAAUAAUGAUUAUUCUCUUAACUCAAAAUGACUCUUUUAUAUUCAUCUGUGUACAUACCUGUGAAUACACUGCACCUCUUUGUGUGAAGAACGCAUCAAAAUUCUGUUUUUUAAGGAUGAAAAGAAAGAAAGAAAGCUAAAUCGCUGUUGUGCAAAAGAUGUCCCAUUCUAGAAACCUUAGUGUUAUUCUAUAUGCUCCAGAAGAAAUUCAUGAAGGUUCUGCUGUGAUCCAUUGCAUGGUUUACAAGGCGUUAAGUGUUCAUUUACCGUUUGAAAAUUCCAUUCAUUUUGAUGUCUUGCAAUAAGAGAGAACACGCACAGGCGAACGCACGUACACACGGACAUCCUUAAUAUACUUUUCUGUGUCUACCUCAUGAUUCCUGACGUCUUGACACAUUCAUUGUCAUUUUGGAAAUAGGGCAUACAACUAGAUGUUUUUAUAGUUUUCAUUUUUGACACAUUUUGGGGUAAAAUUAGAUAGAAAACACGAAGCGUUGUGUGUUGCAACUAAUUUCACUUCAACGAUGCUUUGACAAUCAAAUUAUUUAAGAAUUAUUUUGUGACUACCCCUUCUACUGUACGUCUUACUCUAAAUUAUUAUUAUUACUACACUAAGUUUGUAGAUUGGAACAUUUCAUUACAUAUUCAGAGAUUCAAUGCACUUUGUAGAUAUGAUUCCGAGUUCUUAUUUGUUUUGCCUAUUUAUAUUUCUACUUCACUGAUAUUGUCGUUUACUUAUUUAUUUGAGCUUAAAUUAUUUUGAAUACCACACAUGGUUCAUUUGUGAAAGUGUGCUUAACUGUGUCUGUGUACGCGACAGAAAUUUCAAUAAACCAUGC